AUGUGGCAAAGAAAUGAGACCUCUCUGGCUGAUUUCAUCCUUGAAGGGCUCUUUGAUGACUCCUUCACCCAUGUCUUUCUCUUCUCCUUGACCAUGGUGGUUUUCCUCGUGGCAGUGAGUAGCAACACCCUCACCAUUCUCCUCAUCUGUGCUGACCUCAGGCUUCAUACCCCCAUGUACUUCCUGCUCAGCCAGCUCUCCCUCAUGGAUCUGAUGCAUGUUAACACCACCAUCCCCAAGAUGGCCACCAACUACCUCUCUGGCAGGAAGUCCAUCUCCUUUGUGGGCUGUGCUACACAGCACUUCCUCUAUUUGGCUGUGGGUGGUGCUGAGUGUCUUCUUUUAACUCUGAUGUCCUAUGACCGCUAUGUGGCCAUCUGCAACCCACUCCGUUAUACUGUUCUCAUGAACAGAAGGGUAACACUGAUGAUGGCGACCACAUCAUGGCUAGGGGCAUCCACAAACUCCUUAAUUCACACAGUGAUAUUAAUGAACUUCCCUCUCUGUGGGUCUCGAAAAGUCCACCACUUUUAUUGUGAGUUUCCAGCAAUUGUGAAGUUGGUAUGUGCUGAUAUCACUGUUUAUGAGACCACAGUAUACAUCAGCAGUGUCCUAUUUAUCCUUCUCCCUAUAGUCCUGGUCUCUACAUCCUAUGCCUUCAUCCUCUGCAGUGUCAUCCAGAUGCGAUCUGCUGGGAGUAAAAAAAAUGCCUUUGCCACUUGUAGCUCUCACCUCACUGUGGUUUCUCUCUGGUUUGGUACUGGCAUCUUCGCAUAUAUGAGACCCAAGUCCCAGCGCACUCCAUUUCAAGAAAAAGUUGGUUCUGUGUUCUAUAGCAUCAUUACUCCCACCCUGAAUCCUCUGAUCUAUACUCUCCGGAAUAAGGAUAUAACUAAGGCACUGAGGAAAGUGCUAGGGAGAGAUGCUAUUAUUCAAUGA